ACACCAGUAUUUUGUGGCGACGAGUUGGAGCAAACGCUGAGUAGGUGUUACUGGAAUUGCCCCGAGCAGGAAGCAGGAAGAAAGUUUUUAUCUAUUUGCAACUGAUCUGCUGGGUUGCUGGAAGCCCCGUGCUUUUCUUCCUCAAUCUAAAGGCUUUACCCUGUCCCUCGAGAACUCAGAUGGACCAUGCUGAGCAUCACGCCCAUAUGGACCACAUGGGCCACAACAUGAGUGGCUCAGCCAGCCCCACCAUGGAUCCUCACGCCCACCAUCACCCCACGAGUAGCCCUGGACACAUGCAUGGAGGAAUGAUGGAUAUGACCUUCCACUUCAGCUAUCAAAAUGUUCCCUUGCUGUUUUCUGGGCUUGUCAUCAAUACGCCCGGAGAAAUGGCCGGUGCGUUCGUGGCUAUUUUCUUCCUGGCCAUGUUCUACGAGGGCUUGAAGAUCGGCCGGGAGAGUCUCCUGCGGAAGUCGCAAGUCAGCAUCCGUUACAACUCCAUGCCUCUCCCGGGGCCCAACGGGACCGUCCUGAUGGAGACGCACAAAACGGUUGGCCAGCAGAUGCUGAGCGUCCCUCACAUCUUCCAGACCAUCCUCCACAUCAUCCAGGUCGUGGUCAGCUACUUCCUGAUGCUCAUCUUCAUGACCUACAACGCUUACCUCUGCAUCGCGGUGGCGGGCGGCGCCGGGGCGGGCUACUUCUUCUUCAGCUGGAAAAAGGCCGUAGUGGUGGACAUCACCGAGCAUUGCCACUAACGGUGACCUCCGCUACCCCUUCAGCCUUCCGAAGGACCAGGUUUACCAGAAACAUGCCAAGAAAAGCAGCCGUGGGACGCCCUCCGGUUUCCAGAGGGCCACUCUUGUGCCUCUUCUCCUC